AUUUUUUGAUCAUUGAGUCGUGCUUUGUUAUUUGUGUUUUUGAUUAAAUUAUUCUGUAGAAAUUACAAUAGUAAAAUUAAGUAAAAUACAUUAAGUUGAUACCUAAAAUUGAAUAAAUCACCGGUGGAUCAUAGAAAGAAUAGAAGAGCGGUGAAUGAAAAUUAAACUUGAUAAGGGUAAAGAAUAGACAUUUUUACUGAGAAGUACUUAGAAUUUGGCUUAGUAAGGUGAAGAAUUGAAGAUCAAUAGAAAAUGGCGUGGAGAUUUAAGGCAUCCAAAUAUAAGAAUGCAGCUCCGAUUGUACCAAAGCCAGAGCAAUGUAUCCGAGAUAUUGUCGUUGGAUCUUACACGACAUACGGCAAUAAUAUCGCAGCUUCAGCAGCAUUUAUGGCGUUCAAUUGGGAUCAUGCCGGAUCCAGUCUGGCAGUCUUGCCCUUAGAUGAUUGUGGUCGUAAAAGCAAGACAAUGCCCUUAUUGCAUGGUCAUGCGGAUACCGUCACCGAUCUCGAGUUCUCACCUUUUCACGAUGGUUUGUUGGCCACCGGUUCACAAGAUUGUCUUGUGAAAAUUUGGCAUAUUCCUGAAAAGGGUCUUGAAACUUCCUUGACGAAUCCCGAAUGUACAUUUACACAUAAGCAACGGCGUGUUGAGCGAGUGGGUUUCCAUCCAACCGCUGAUUGUCUUCUGUACUCUACAUCCGCCGGUGUGAUAAAUUUGUGGGAUUUGACGGAGCAAAAGGAAAUUUUUUCGCAUAACCAGCAUCCAGAAGUGAUCCAAGCUGUCAGUUGGAAAGCCGAUGGAACUCUGUUAACAACAACAUGCAAAGAUAAAAUGAUACGUGUGAUUGAUCCAAGAGCGCAAGAAUCAAUUGUUCAUACAGCAGACAGUCAUCAAAGUAUCAAGGACUCGCGCAUUGUGUGGCUUGGUCAUCAGAACCGUAUUUUAACCACUGGAUUUGAUGCAGCCCGCUUAAGACAAGUUAUAAUUAGGGACUUGCGUAAUUUCAACGUUCCAGAAAAGACAUUGGAAUUGGAUUGUUCUACAGGAAUUUUGAUGCCACUUUAUGAUCCGGAUACAAAUAUGUUAUUCCUCGCCGGAAAGGGUGACACAACGAUCGGUUACAUGGAGGUAACCGACAAAGAUCCUCAUCUAAUUGAAGGCAUCCGGCAUUCGGGUGAACAGACAAAAGGGGCAUGCUUGGUACCUAAGCGAGCACUGAGAGUCAUGGAAGGCGAGGUUAAUCGUGUUUUGCAGUUAACUUCCAAUUCUGUCAUUCCAAUCAUGUAUCAAGUUCCGAGAAAAACCUAUCGCGAUUUCCAUGCUGAUUUGUAUCCUGAUACAGUCGGAUACAAAAGUGAACUUAUUCCUAGUCAAUGGAUGAAUGGUAUUAACAUGGCGGUACCCAAAAUGUGCCUCGAUCCCGCAAAACGAGAUCUUGGAGACCAACCAAUCGUGGUUUUACGUGGUAAUUUAAAUGAACUUGUAAAAAAUAUCAAUAACAAAUUUAGUAAAGUAAACUCUACUCCAUCUACGAACGAAAAUAUCGUCAAACCAUCGUUUGUACCUAUCAAAGAAAAAAUUAAAGUAACCAACAAUCGCAUCGAGGCUGAGCGGAAUGAGUUUGAGUUGAAAUUUAAAGAAGUAACAUGCAAACCUGAAAAAUCACCAUUAUUGGAGAUGUGUGAUUUAAAAAUGUCGAAAAAUAAAGAUGAUGACGGAUCUCAAGAAGAAAAGGUUGAUGAUGAGAAAAAUUGUUCUGAUUAUCAUGAAAAUGGCCAUUCCAGUUCAAACAACGAUUCUUUAGAAGAAGAAGAUAAGGGAUCAGAUUCACCACCAUCCAGCGAAACAGAAUCUAAUGAGAAUAUGAGACAAAUUGCUCCGCCAAAACCACUUCCAAGGACCUCUCGAACGAACUCUUUGGCAGAGUCAAACAGCAUGGAAGAAGUUGUCGUCUCUCCAACACAAAGACCAUUACCAAAACCACGUACUACAGCAUAUAAGCCACGUCUUGGUCCGAAACCGUUUAGCUCCGGAAACUCAACAGAAUUUUCAUUCGAUAAAGUUUUCUCUGUACCACAAGUUCCAGGAGGAGAAGUUGGUGAAAUGAAAGAGUUGGAAAAACCAGAUUUGAUCCCAGUUGAACGUCCCACAUAUUUUGAUGAACCGUCACCCAAAAAUGAGGAAAAUAUACUAGGUAAAGACUCUACUACGCCAGAAGAAGAAUCAGAAGAAACUGUAGAAAUGCGACACAAAACGGACGAUGAAAUAUUCAAAAGACCAACUACAGCAGAACGCCGUAAGCCAACGCAUGAUGAGGCUAAUGAGAUGUUCGAAAAGAAUGAUUCUGGUGAUUCUUCAAUUGAUAGUACGGAUGAUAAAGGUACUUUUGACCGCCAAACCAACCAAAGAAGCAGCAUUGCUGAACGUCGUCGGAUGUAUGAAAAGAAAUCACAGAGCGUAAUGGAAGACAAACCAGUCUCCCCAGCCCUCAAACGUCGUGACUCAUUGAAAAGUCGUGGAGAAAUUAAGGAGGAAGAACCUAAAAGGUUAUCAAACGUUCCAGAAUUUCUUCGAAAAGCCAGUGACUUGACAAGGGAUGACAUUUCCAAACGAACAACUACCAAUGGCACCAAAAAACACGAGCCUUUGGCUACUCCAUCGAAACGCACAUCAACUGUUUUUGGGAGAGUUUCAAAGUUCCGUCACUUGAAAGGAACUCCCGGUCAUAAAUCUACACACAUUGAAAACAUCCGAAAUAUUUCACGACAAAUACCAGGAGAGUGUGAUGGAUUUCAUGCCAAUUUCGAAAGAGUUGCAGUACCCCUGUCUGGAGCUGGAGGUAAAAUUGCCAUUUUUGAGUUAAAUAAGCCAGGCAAAUUGCCUGAUGGAGUUAUUCCAUCUCUCGUCAAUGGAAGCAGUAUCAUGGAUUUCCAAUGGGAUCCAUUCAAUAGUCGAAGAUUGGCAGUUGCUUGCGAUGAUGGCAUGGUGAAACUUUGGACGAUUCCGGAAGGUGGUCUUGCUGAACCUACCAACGAACCUUUCCAGGAAUUUGUCGCACAUUCAGAUAAAAUUUACAGCAUAAAAUAUCAUCCUGUUGCGAAAAACGUUUGUCUCACUGCAAGUUAUGAUAUGACAGUUAAAAUAUGGGAUUUGGAGACCUUAACCUCUAAUAUUACUCUAAAGGGCCACACAGAUCAAAUCUUUAGUAGCGCUUGGAGUCCUUGUGGUGUUUAUCUGGCCACUGUUUGCAAAGACAGCCGAGUUCGAAUUUUCGACCCUCGAAAGACAGAUUUGCCCAUAUCUGAAGGACCAGGUCCAGUCGGUACACGAGGUGCUCGAUUAACGUGGGCUCUAGAAGGAGAAUAUUUGGUUGUAACGGGAUUCGAUAAAGUAUCUGAACGUCAAAUCAGUUUGUAUCACACGAAAGAUUUAUCAGCACCAGUAACUACGACCGGCUUAGAUGUUGCACCUGCUAUUCUAAUACCUUAUUAUGAUGAGGAUAGUUCUACGUUAUUUGUAACCGGAAAAGGAGAUUCCACCAUUUAUGCGUUUGAAAUAACGGAUGAAGUGCCAUACAUUUGUCCAUUGUCACAUCAUAGGUGCACCGGUUUACAUCAAGGACUUUCCUUUUUACCAAAGAAUCAGUGUGAUGUCACGAUUGUUGAGUUCGCCAAAGCAUUCCGCUUGACAAAUAAUGCAGUAGAACCACUAAGUUUUACGGUACCUCGUAUUAAGAGUGAAUUAUUCCAGGAUGACUUGUUCCCACCCACAAGAGUAACAUGGUUGCCAACUCUGAGCUCGAGUGAUUGGUUUAUGGGCAAAGACAAACGUGUACCACGCAUUAGCUUGCAACCAGAGGGAAUGGAUAGCUUGUCCUCUCAGCAGCCAAAUUUAGGUCAAAAUAAUAAGGCACAAAAGGAUCCAUCGUCCAAUGGAUGUCAUCCAUCUGUGAAUCGUCUUUGGGACAAAGAUUCCAUCAAAAAUAAGCAACAAGAUAUUAAAAACUCUGUUUCAGCAAGAAUGGAAGUAAAUUACCGUCUUGAACAAGAUAAUAUGGAAGGUGUUGACUCUCAAGAAUGGGAGGAAUAAUUUUUUUAAAACAAUACUAUUCAUGCUUUUACUUUUUCAUAUAUGUUUUACUUACUCACUAGUAUUUUAGGAAGAAAAAAAGAGAUACGACGCACGGAAUAAAAAUGAUUCCGAAUACAUAAUAAUAUCCAUACAAAAUGCUUAACUCGAUUGAAUUAGAAAAUACGACAAUUAAAAUCCUCUUAUGUAAUAUUCCAGUAAACGUGAAACCGACCAUGACCAUUUUUUAAACAUUCCUAAAAAAAACUGCCCAUACUUAAUAUAACAUAACAACAUUUUAUACUGAAUUUUAUAAUAAAAAGACAACUUUUUUGACGAAACCAUUUUAUACAUGAAUAAUAUAAUGAAAGAUAAGAAUGUCAUAGCAAUUGAUAAACAUAAUCUUAUGUUUGGGCUCUCAAAUGUACAACCUCGUAAAACAUUGGCUUCUUAAUUUUAAUUAAAAAAAUAAUGUAAUAUACAUACAUUCAUGAAAAAGAAAAAAAUAGUGGAAAACACAUUUUUAAUAAAAACUUUGCAAAACAUGAUAAAUUAUGCGAGUAAUUGAAUACAUAAAUACAGGCAACCUAACAUACCUUUUUAAUAAGAGAAAAAAAUACAAUACUUUAGCUUUUACUACAAGUAUUUAUACAUACCUAUAAAAUAUGAGUCUCAAUUAUGAUUGAUUGUAUAUGUAGAAUAAAUUCAUAAACGAAAGAGCUUUUGACAACUUUAAUAAGAAAAUAAGAUAGAUAAAAUUUAAAAUAAUAAACUUCCGAACUUCAAAAGCAUUUAAUAAGAUCGUCUUCCGGAUCUUCCUUUUAUAUCUGACUCGUAAUCGUAAUAAAUAAAAUGAACAAUACCUAAUACAAACUAAAUAACGCAACGAUUGAGACGUAUUUUGUCAUUGAAAUUUCUAUAUAAAAGCAGAAGAGAUGCUCAAACGAUUUUUUUACUUUUUAAAAUUAAAAGUUAUAUGUAUUUUAAACUGAAAAUCGGUUUUUGUUGUAAUAUUUAUUACUAGAUUGAGAUUACUUUUUAAAACCAAAGUUAUUUAUUUAAUGGAACUUCUAAGAAUUUUAUUAACAAAAGCUCUUUUAGUGAAAACUAUAAUGUAAUAUUGGAUACUGCACAUGAUGAAUAUGAAUUGAAACUGAUUGAAUGGCUGUUAAAAUGAGAGACAAUUUUUUUCUAAUGAUUUCAUAAAUAGGAAAUAAGGCUGGGACAUAAUGCAAGCUCAAACUAGGAUGGUAGAUAAAUAAAUAUUUUGUGCUGAGUGGAAACAUUAAGGAUUGAAGUCUUAAUCAUUUGUUUUAAUAAGUGUGCCAUAAUACAAAUGUUUCACGAGUAUUAGCAAUACAAUUUUUACACAAUAAAAUACAUAACAAAAUUGACUAAGAUAUUUACUAUUAGGUAUAUUUUUUAUUGCUGUGUUUUGUGAUUUUCUACUAUUAUUUAUCAUGUGAAAUUGAUUAGUUAUUUUUUAUUUUAUUUGUACAAAUUUGCUUUUUAUAUUAAAAUCAAAGGAUUUUAUCAUAUAAAUUUGACUGCGUUUGCAUAAAAUAAAAAUAUAAUAUUAAGUUAUAUUACGGACUUUAUUAGUCAUCAAUCUCUCAAACAAACUUUUGUAACGAAAAUA